UACAACUCUCUGCAAGCACGCUCAUGCAAAGUCUGCUUGGAUUUCAGUCAGCGAGGCGACAUGAUAGCGACGAAAAACUUUGGUGUUUUAAUAUGGACCCUGGCAGCCCUGACAACAAUUGAAGCUGGCUCGUGGAGUGAAGGUUCUGUUUUUUCCUCCUCCGCCUCAUCCUCCUCAGCCUUCUCAUCUUCGUCCUCCUCGUCCUUCUCAUCCUCAUUCUCCUCUUCCGUUGAAAGUUCAGGUGGGAUCUGUCUUAAUGGAGGCACCUCUGUCCCAUCCCUGACGACUCGUGAACACAUGUUUUGUUUAUGUGCUGAUGGUUUUGAGGGAAGACAAUGUGAAACAGCAAAACUACUCGGUCCUCACUGUUAUGAGGGUGUAGGGUUGUACUACAAAGGCACGGUGUCUUCAUCAAAGACUGGAAGAACAUGCGAGGAGUGGGAUUUGGACACCAGGCAGCGAUACAUGUCUUCAGAUGUGAAUGCAGGGAAGCACAACUACUGCAGAAAUCUUUACUUCAGACGUCGUCCGUGGUGCUAUGUUCGGAGAAACCACCGGCUGGUGUGGGAGUACUGUAAUAUCCCACAUUGUGGCUCAGAGUCAGCUCCACCUUCACCUUCACCUUCACCUUUACCUUCACCUGUACCCACAGAGUCACAGCCAGCUGCAGAGUUGACAUGUGGCCAGCGCACCCAAAGAAAGCUGAUGAAAAUCGUGGGUGGAACAGUUGCCACUGUGGAAUCCCACCCGUGGGUUGCUGCCAUAUUUUGGCGCAGCAAAUCCAAAGAGAAGGUUUUCCGCUGUGGGGGGAGUCUGAUCUCCUCCUGCUGGGUCCUCACAGCUGCCCACUGUUUCCCAGACGGCUCAAACACCAAAGAGCGCCGCUUCUCCGUCAUCCUGGGGAAAAAUGCUCUGAAUGAAACAGACCUGACUGUGGAGCAAAGAUUCAGGGUGGAAAAAAUCAUCAUCCAUGAGGGGUUUGACAACAGUGAAGGCAGCUUCAACCACGACAUCGCUCUGAUGAAGCUGAGGGCCAAUCAAGGUAAGUGUGCAGUAGAGAGUGACUCUGUGAGGACGGUCUGCCUGCCACCACCUCAGCAGCGACUCCAGCCUGGUGUCACCUGUGAGAUUGCUGGAUAUGGGAAAGAGAAAUAUGCUUUGUGGUACAGGUCUCAGUACCUCAGAGAGGCUCAGGUGAACCUCCUCGCAGACGAUGUGUGUCGACACAAGGACUAUUAUGAAAACAUGAUCACUGACAACAUGUUUUGUGCUGGUCGUCCUGACUGGAGCCAAGAUGCCUGUGAGGGAGACUCAGGAGGGCCUCUGGUGUGUGAGGUCGACAACAGGCUCUUCCAGUUUGGAGUUAUCAGCUGGGGUGACGGCUGCGCAAAGGAGUUUCGACCCGGUGUUUACACCAGAGUGACCAAUUAUAACAGAUGGAUUGACGAAAAGACCAAUCUGUCCAUCACUGCUGGAGCCAUGUUCCCUCAGAAGUGAGACUGUUAGCUGAGGACACAAACUGUGGCUGGAACAACUAACUGCAGCACCAAUGUGUAUUAAUCCUCUACUGAAAAUAGUCCAUGACAAGUAGUUCCUCCUGUUUGAGUAACAUUUUAUUAAAAAGAACAGUGCCCAGCUGUUUAAGAAGAUUUCUGAGCUUAAAAUCAAAACUCUAUAUUUGUGAGCAGUUUUAUGAAAAUCCUCACAUGAAGCAGUGGGCCUGGACCCGAGAACCGCAGACAGGUUAAGGAAGUCAGAAAGUAUGAGAGUCAGACUAACACAUUGUGGUUUUGGUCUUUUUAGGGAUCUGUAGAUGAUCAGAAAAAUAUUGAAUAUUAUAUAAGGAUGAGUGGUUUUAUUUUACAACAUUUGCUACAUGUCAUGUAUAAUUUACAUGACAGAAAUAAAUGGAAACCCAUGGCCACCUAGAAUGGAGCACUAAUAUCAUGUACAACAUGCAUCUGAAAAUGGUUCGCAAAAUAUAAAGGGGACACGAUUGGUGUUUUCUUUUUUUUUUUUUUUUUAAGUCCUUUAACCUAUUUUUCAAGCUUUUUUUUAUUUAUUGUUUUGUUUGGUAAAGAAAUUUAAUAUCACACAUACAGUAUAAUG